UGUGAUUUUUUUGCGUUAACCGCCAAAAGUUAAGUGUAACGUUUUAUAGGUGUGGCAUUGUGUUUGUAACUUUGUUACUAAUAAUAUAAACAUAUACAGUGUAGCGCAUACGGGGAAUAUAAUAUAGCCUAACUUCAUCAGGUGCAAUAUUGGAGCAAAUAUUUGUGAUAUUUUUAUUGGCAUAUGUUUGUAAAAACAUAAUUAACAAUACAACUCCACAAUGCCUGUGCUGGAAUCAUGUUGGUCGCCAUGUAUUUGGGCGUCAACGGUGAAGAGUGGCAGUCGUGCGGUGGCAGUGUACACGGCAGCUAUGGGUGUUGUGCUCAUAACGUUUAUACUGUACCAGAUGUUGGGUGGAGACUCUACACAGUUGUGGAACCCUUUGUUUGAGGCAGAUGUAAGAGGAUCGCUGCAAGUAUUUGGAAUCAUUUUUAUUUGCAUUCUGACAAUUCUUAUUGUAUCAUCAAUAUUUAUGGUUAUUGGCAUCAACAUUUGGAUGAGAGGGCUCAUCCUGCCGUGGCUGAUCACAAUGGGGCUUAUUAUAUUGUUCCAAUUAAUAUUUGGUCUAUGGUUGCUUGGAGGAUAUUAUAUUUAUCUUGAUGCUACAUUUGCAGCCUUCAUAGAUUUCCUGUGGAUGGCAUACAAUAUAUACUGCUGGUUGUGUGUACUGUCACAAUAUCAAAUUAUACUCGAAAUGCAAUCGCCAAAUAUCGAGAUAUUGAUCGAGUAUUAACAUAUCAAAUAUAAUAUAAGUUUAUAUUUAAGUUGUAGUUAUUUUUGACAUUUUAUUUGACGAGCCACUAAAAUAUAUUUAAACAAAGCUGUAGAUAUUUUAGAGUAUAGGAAUAGUAUACUUUUUUUUUAAAUAGAGCAUUUUUAUUGGUCGAUAGACGUGUAAUUUUACGUAAUGAGUAUGUAGAAUUGAAAAAGAAAAUAUAACCAUAGACACUAGUGACUAUGUCAUACUAUGUUAUGAAAUUAUGUAAGGCAUACUUACAAUACCAUAAUCAUAAUAUUAUUUAGGAAUAUUCUGAUAUCAGCGACAAUUUCGGAGCGUAGAGCCAGAAAACUUACCAUGCGAGUUGUAGGACAAUGUGUCUGUUUAAUUAUAUAUAUAUUAAUUACGCAACAAUUAAAUCAUAAAUUUUUUAAUCCCAGCGAAAAGAAGAUGCGAAAAUUUAAAUUUCCUUGCGGAAAAUUAGCUUCUAAACAAGAAAUAGUAAAAAAAUCUUGAAACAUCAAUUAUACAGUAUCAAAAUCAACUAAUGAAAAUGCUCUUUUGCAGUAGUGAAAUACCAUAUUUCUUAGGAUAAAUAUUUUAUGUGUUCAAUGAAAUAUUUUUUUAAAUGUUAAAAUCAACAUUAAUUUUAUGAUGAAGAAUUAGGUAUUUUCAAAUCAAAUCAGAUAUGUUAUAGUUAUUUAAUUUUAGAUUAUUUUUCAUGUACAAUGUACAUGAAAGUUUAAUUGGUUUCGAAUCUCAUACUAUUUACUAUUUUUGUGACACUGUAAUAAAAAAAAACAAAUGAAAGGACAACUCGUUCAUCUAAAACGAGUCAGCAGUCCAAUGAUAAGUAAUGAUUCACAAAAUUGUGUAUUUAUACAUAUUUUUAAAAUAUUUCAGCCAUAUGUUUAUUUAAUCUUACGAUUUAAAAAGUCAAAGUGAAGGUUUAUUAUUCACCUUUGUAAAGUUUGAAGUUUAAAAGUAAGUUCUAAUGUUCUACUUUAAACUGUCAAUCUUGCAGAUACGAUUUUGUUCUUGGAAAUUGUCGAAAAAAGUGCCUAAUAUUAAAAAAAAAACAGUCAGCUGUUAAAUUGGCAUAUAAGAUUUUAUUCUUAAGAAACUGUUGAAAUAAGUGCCAGAGUUGUUUAAUAAAUUUAAAUCUACAUUUAACUUUAAUGAAUAUGAAUCGUCUGAGACAAUCCGUCCAUUUUUAUUUACAAUAUUUUAUUUUAAUUUUUGGCUUUGUAACAUGUAGCUGCUAAUAAUAAUGUAAAAAUGUAUGAUUUGUAAAAUUCCACCGAAACAUUGUAUAGUCUUUAUACUUAUUGUUUCAUAUUUGAAAUUCUUUAAUACUAUAUACACGAUUCUCAUUGGCUUUAUUCCUCAUGUUUGUGAGCCAGACUAGUAGUUUAAAAGUAAGUGAAAUAUGUUUCGUUCGUUCUAUUUUGUUAAUCUUGCAGAUACGAUUUUGUUCUUGAAAACUGUCGAAUAAAGUGCCUGAUGUUAUAAAAUGUUUAUCUACUAUUAGCUUUAAUGAAAUUGUCUGCAACAAUCCGUCCUCAUAUUUUUACAAUGACACAAUUUAUGAUUAAUGUUUUUGCUUUGUAUAUGUAGUGGCUGUUGAUGUAUGAUUUAAAAAAAAUCCACCGACAAAUUUUAUUAUUAUUUUUAUACUUAUAUGACUUGUAAAACCAUGUAAUCUUUUUAUUUAACUUAAAAAUUACAAAUGACAUUUUUAUAUAUU